AUGACAAAGGUGCCGUACGGCAGCGCCACGACAAAAGAAUGCGUGAAGUGUGAGAGAUCGAUAUCUCGCACGAGCUUCUCAAAGCACGGGAAGAAGUGCAAGGGGAUAAAAGCGCGUGAAUCCAGGGUUGAUAUUCGCAAGAGGUCGUGGGUUGAGCACCGCGCCAAGCGCGUCUCCGAGCAGCGUUCUCGCCGCGCUACACAACUAUUCCAGAAACUCGAAGCUGAGUUUGAAGGGAUAUAUAUGGCGGGGUUUAUCGAGAAAGACAAGAUAUGUGAGAACAAGAUGAAGGGAAAGGAGAAGGAUCUGACGGAUGAGCGUCGCUUUCGGGAGGUGUUUGGUUUUGAUUCGGAUAGUGAAGAAGGAUAUAUCACUGGACUUGUACGCUUCUUCAUCACUACGUCCGCCUUCAUGGAAAGUGUCUCUGCAUCCGCUUCGGUUUCCAGCCAAACCGCAGAGAAGAUUCGCGCAGCUGUAGCAAACUACUACGAAGGUUACGAACGUCGAGACGCAGCAGGACCUGACAAGUGGAUGGUACUCACAGACGAUCAAGCCAAGGAUGCGUUUGUCCGUCAGUUUAUGCGCGGACUGCAGAAGCGCAAGAACAGUGAAUUCAAGCAGCGCCAAGCGACACCAAUUUCGUUGAAUAUGCUCCGAGUACUCCACUCCCACUUGGAGAGCGCCCCCGGGUUCACGGAGGCAAGUCGUUUGUGGGUGCCCUACUACAUUUUCUCGACGCAAACGGUGAAGAAGGGCAAACGCGCGAUCGAAAAGCUUCCGCCUUCAAAAGGUCCCAACCUGCAGAUCCAGUGCGCAGUCUCCUCUGCUUACGGCGUAGUAGCGUACCGCAACAAGCGAGGCAGCAUCAAAAUGCAGGACAACGCGGACUUUGUGGAGGAGCUGUACAAGGUGGUGAAGAAGUCGAAGGUGUACGCCACCGAGUACACGAACAAGAACAUUGUUGUCGUGUUCGACAGCGUCCUUUGUGUACACGCGCGCCAGCGCUCUCGUCCAAAGCGGAGACGUCGUCAGCUUCUUUUAGUUCUCGAAGAAGCCUCAAAAGCCGAUCACGAAGACCGAGACGCGCAUGCGCAUUCGCGAGCGCGCCGCCGCGUGAACAUGCCGAAGAUCACGCAGUGCAUGGUGCCGAAGAUGGGGUUGCAUGCUGCGAAGCUCGUCAACGCCGCAAUUUUCUUCGAGGACAUGGUGUACGGCGAGUGGGUGGAUAUGUAA